AGCCAGCAAGCAUAAACACCGCAGAGACUGGUCUUCGCCUCGCCUAAUCUUGCUUCCGUACUCUGUACUUCGGCGACAUCUUCACUUCUUCUAUCCUUCCUCACCUUCUUCGUGCUGAAGCAUUGCGCAUGCAGUCGACCGAGGCUGCUGGGAGCUGAACAUUGAUUGCCGUAAUCUGACGGAGCUGAGCUUCUCUCCUGCCCAUCGACGAUCACCAGCACGCGCAAUCCUCUCUUCGCCCCCAUCGCCCCCAUCCGCCUCCCCCCACGAUCGCAGCCCCAAUGCCUACAAAUACAUGGUCACAACAAUAGAUGUCUCGUGAGCCUCGAGUCUGCGAAGGUUGCCCACGAUGGCGCACCCAAAUGCUAGCGAUGCAAUGAGCCCCCACUCUGCUGGUGGAUCGAACAUCUCAUACGCUGCGAAUGUCAAUCGACAGAAGACCAAGAAAUGGGCUGAAGCCAAACCCGCGAACUAUGGAGGUGACGAUUGGGGAGAUGACGACUAUGAUUACGAUCCUGCUCCACAACCAGUAUCUAAGCCGACAGGACUUCGGCAGCAAGGCCAGGCAAUACAAAGUCCCACGGUGAAGUCCAAUUCACCAAGUAUUGACAGUAGGAAAUAUGGUGAUUUGCCGCCUCUGCCAGGAGCAAGCAAUCCACCACACAAGCGAUCGCACUCAUUCGAUCCGGACGAUGAGAAGCGCAACUUUUCCUCCACCACCGUCCGCCAACCUUCACCCCCAACGACUGAAUCACCGUCGAAUCCCCCAGCGACUCGAUUCUCACAAAUGACUGGCGUCCCAGCUGCACGAAACACCAGCGGUCCUCCUCUACAAAUCUCGACCCAGUCAGCCACGCAGCCUCCCACUGGUCUUCGGAAGUCGAGCCAAGUCGUUUCCCCUGUCUCUGGGUCACCUCAUCCAGACAUAUCGAAAGUUGGGCGAGUGAAUACCGGGGAAGACAGUCCAGCAGGGAUAUCUUCUGUCGUAUCGCCUACGUCAGAUACAACUCCGUCAAGCGACUACCAAGCUCGACGAGACUUUUCCCCCUCUGCUGUCCCACCACCUCUUACGACUCGUUCUCCUGCUCCUCAUAUUGCCACCGACUCGCCGACCACGAGGUUUCCUCCACGGAAGAGCAGCAUGAGUCAAUCUGCAGGACCCGACUUGGCGGACAUUGGUGGGCCAACUCACGCACAAGCGGCUCCAAAGCCAUGGACUGCUCCUCGAUCAUCUUCGCCAGGUGCUGCUCCCCGAUCAUUCUCGCCUGGUGCUGCUGCUCGAUCACCCGCCGCUUCAUCAGCCAAACCUCUUCCAUUUAUUCGUCCAGCCGAUAUCUAUCGUCGAAUGGACGAAGAACGUGAGAAGGAGCGGCAAUCACUAGAUUCUGGGAGACCAAGCAUGGACUCGAUUGUGGGUGCCAAAGCGAGUGAAAGAUCAGACUCUCCUGCAAAAUCCAACAUUAGAGAUUCGAGCUCUGACAGUCUGGGUCAACGACGGAGCAGAACUAGCUUAGAUGCGGACGAUGGCUCCGAAUCUGGAUGGCAGAGACCCAUACUGGAGCCCGUCACGGAGAGGAAGAGUGAAUAUGGAUUCGAGGGUGUCAAUGUUGAUGAUCACACAUCGCAACAAGAAUCUCAUUCCAAAGCACCGGAACCGACUACAUCUGAGCAAGAUCGCCUGGACGUGGAAGAGGCCCGCCGAUUUUCAACAAGUCCCAAACUACCAGAUCUGAACCGAAUAUCUGGCUUUGGAAUGGACUUGUUCUCCCAAUCGAAACCCGAAGACUUAGACUCUUCGCCGACUAAGGAUAAGGAAGUCACUCUUACAAGCCCCGCGACAGUCCAUUCUACUUCAUCUAAUGCGGACGAUUUUACCCUCCAACAUCAGCAAACACUUGGAUUUAGAUCUGUGGUCAAUCAAGCUUUUGACAGAGCCGAUGAUUCGUCAGUCCCUGAUACGCCUGCCUCACAACCAACCGGCGGUGUCAGCCGGAGUGUUAGCGAGAGUACCGGUACCGAUGGCAUCAGCCCAAUCAUGAGCCGUGUGCCUAGUGCAGCUGUUCGAGGUGGGAAUCGAGACCCGUCUAACCCUUCAAUUCUUGAGGUUGUCAACGAGCCAGACUCGCCAGAGGAACCACAAGGACAGGAGGAAGCUCAUCCGGAAUCGGUGCCAGAGGGCCCUCCACCGGGUUUCAGACCUGGAUACCGUCGUGAGGUCAGUACACCAGGCCGCGAGAAUAGCCCAGCGAGACAUCCAGAGGUGGCAAAAACGAACAUUAUUACAAGCGGACAGCACGCGGUCGUAUCCGAGACCUCGCCACCGGAUGAGGAGCCGCUUCAACCUCCACGACCCAUAGUCGACCGAGAGCAAAGCUUCCGCCCUGCGCUUCCUGGCGGAUGGACCUCAUAUACUACAUCAACGAACAGUGACACUCCAAAUUUACCUGCUAUUGAACGGAAACCAACACCCGUCAUUGAAGCAACUCCUGUCCCUGUCCCUGCAAGCCGCAAGAAUGACAAUUAUGAUAUCACACCGGCUUCCACUAGAAACCAAUUGCCACACUCUACGUCCAGCGCAGCUUUUGUCGGAGCACUUGGUGGCAGUUUAGCUGAAGCAGCCUCGCAUAAGCGUGACAAGGCUAGCCCCAGCGGAACACCAGUCUCAGACAGCCCACGUGUUCUUCCUGCCAGAAGGGACCUUCCGACACCUGAUUCCACGGCACCUCCUGGUGGAAAUCUGUACUCAACUGCAAAUCCGGAUCCCAGACUUCUCCCAAAACUCGAGCAAGCUCCCCCAGAGACACAACUACGCCCAGAUGUAGUCAAUAGGCCUGACUCAGACGAGUCCAGCGUGGCACCGCCUCCUCUGCCAAAGGAUAACCCUAAGCAAGAGUCUCCAGAUAAUGACCCAGACUACUUCCCGACACCAACUGCGCCACUGAAGCAAAAGACUCUAGAUGACGUCGGAUCGCUCGAGCCCCCACGCAGACCUGAAAUCUUGCCAACUCUAAGUUCAGAUAACAGAGAAUAUGACGACGAGAACGAUAAACUUCGCAACGAAAUCGUCAAGAGUCUGAGCAGACCCACCACUGCUGAUCAGCAUCGUGGAAGCAUGUUGGGAUUGGAUGAUGGAGCGUCAGGUAAACAGGGUCGUGAAAGCACAUAUCUCCCAACGGAGUAUGAUAAUUAUUGGGCCACUACUGGUGAAGACGAGGAGUCAGCUCCAGCUGUUGCUGGUGCAGAACCAAAACAUGGAGAGCUGCACCAAUCCGAAACAGUCUCGCCAGUUGCAACAGAACGUUCCGCUGCGCCUGAGAUUGAUUCACCUAUUAUUCCUCCUCUUAGUCCUCGUCGGCCAGAGGCCUCCGAGGAGUAUCAACGACCUUCCCUUCCCCCACGCUUCUCGUGGGAAGAGGGCUCAGAAAAUGUAUCUGUCGGUCCGCAGGUGGAGCCGACUACGGCUGUGGGUUCAGAUCAUGAUCUACACAGUGCAGCAAAUGAGCCCGCAAACCCUGUUGAAGCAACAAGCUUGACCCAACCUAUCUCAAAUACUGGGGAGGUUGACCGUGGUCAGCCAUCUCCUGUAGGCUCAGGACGAGGUCUUGAAGGUCCAGAUUCUAGGGUGGAACAAAAAACAUUAUUCGACGACCACCAUGUUGGUAGAGAUGCUGCACUGCUAGCUGGCGGAGCCACCCCCGUAGGUGCCGUUGUUGCCGCGCACAGCCCAAAGCCACCGACACAUGAACGUCGACUCUCUCUGGCCGAAGAGAAAGAUCCCCAGAUCUCGUCUUACCCCGUGUCUCCUACUCCCCCUGAAGAUGAGCACCCAGCGAACUCUCCAACUCCGUAUUUGUCACCCUUCACAAGUCAAUUUUCACACGCCCCAAGCUUCGUGUCAGCUGUCGGUUCGCCUGUUAAGGCACCAAUGUCACCUAGUGGCAGCAAGUUGUUUGCCUUCAAAGACAUUGUAACUAUACAAUCGCCACAGCAACGAAUUCAAACAUUUGAUGAAACCAGACAUCGUUGGGCAAACAUGGAUUCUGGCCUCAACGACUGGAUGGCCAAGCUGCAAGCUCAAUAUCCUGAGCAUGCAAAUACUUCCGGAUCUUGGACCGGGUCAAGAACGAGUGUCCCAAGCGGAUCUGCAAGAUCCAAAUUUGCAAAGUCUCCAGGCGGUGGAGCACCACCACUUCAGGAGCCUUAUUAUCGACAAUACUUGAAUGCUUCGCCAACCACACCCUCCACACCAACACGACCGGGCCCGUCUCCGGGAGCCCCUAGUCUGCAACCUGGAUCUCAACAAAGCUUCUCUCCUGCUGGCAACAAACUGACCACCCAACAGGUUCAAGCAAAAGGAAAGGAAUUCCUUCAUUCUGCUGGAGUAUUUGGCGGCAAGGCAGGGAAAGCAGGAAAGGGUUUACUUGCAAAGGGCAAGAACAAACUUCGUGGAGCCGGUGGCGGAGACAAGGUAGAUUGAAUUCUCCUUCAGAGCCGGACCGCACGUGGCGACUGGGCGUUUUUGCAAUCUGAAAUUGCGUGCAUUUCCAAGACUAAUCGCGCGAAUGGGUUUUCUUCUUUGUCAGCUGUCGUCCUGCUUAGCAGGCUGUGUACGACUAGGGGAAAUUGCAGCCUUCUCAACAUGUCAUCUCCUUGCCAUCAUGCCCUGCGCUUGAUUGAACAAAUUACUAAGUUUUGAUCCCCCCUACAGGAAAGCC